GUACUUUCGAUGCGUCAGCCGACGCCCAGCUUAGUUCCCGUCCGGACGUCGGAGGUGAAGGUUAGGAGUUCGCUGUAGAGCGGCCGUGGCAGUCCCCUCUUCGUCCGCAGCAGUCCAGGGAAGGCGUCCGCUGGCCCUUUCUCUUCGUCUUAAGCCAUCGGCGGCCGGUGGAACCGAGUUUUCGGGAAGGAUUCUCUUAGAUUCAGAAGCUUCCUACCGCAGGCCCAGAUGUCAAACUACGUGAACGACAUGUGGCCGGGCUCGCCGCAGGAGUCCCCGUUGGCCUCGGGCCGGUCCAGCCGGCUGUCCUCGGAGACCCGGAGCCGCUCUUCCAGAAGCUCGCGGUCCCGUUCCAGCGAGGCCAGUCGGUGGUCGUCCAGGAGUGGGAGCCGGCCCCGGCGCCGGUCCCGGUCUCGAUCACGACGGCGCCACCAGAGGAGGUACAGGCGCUACUCGCGGUCUUACUCGCGGAGCCUGUCGCGGUCCCGCAGCCGCCGCCGGCACCGGGAGAGGCACUACUGCUCCUCCCGGAGGUACUACCGGUCUCCCUCGCCGGACCGAUCCCGCAGCCGGUCCCGCUCUCGGGGACGGUCAUACCAUCGGAGGGCCAAUGCGGUCACGCGGGUACGGCGCUACUACGGCUUUGGUCGCACGGUGUACCCGCAGGAGCACAGGAGUUGGCGGGGAAAAUCCAGGUCGAGGUCGCGGAGUCCAACGCCCUUUCGCUUAAGUGAAAAAGAUCGAAUGGAGCUGUUAGAAAUAGCAAAAGCUAAUGCAGCAAAAGCCUUAGGAACAACCAACUUUGAAUUGCCCCCCAGUCUCAGAAUUGUUCCUGUAUCUAAAGAAAGAAACGGUGAAACGGCUGUACUAAAGAAUGGUGCAAAGUUUGAGCUGUCCGAAAAGCUAACAGAAGAUGGAACUAAAAAUGCCAAUGAAAAGUCUUCCCAGCAAAAAAGCAUUAGCUUAAAUAGUUCUGAAGCAAAGCCAGUGCUUCAAAAAUCAGCUAAAGCUACUGCUGAAGAGACCUCUUCAGGAUCCCCAAAAAUAAAUCAGAAAAAAAGUCCAUAUGUAUUGUGGAAACCUGUUUAAAAAAAGGAAACUGAUGGCUAAGGUUGCCUGAAAUGCACUUUAUUGCAAGUUGGUGUUUCCUGUAGCAUUAUUUCAUUCCUGUGAGCAAUUUAGUGGUAAUUGUUAACAUUGUAGAUUUCUCUUGCAGAUAAGAGAUCUAGCACAGAUGGACCAGAGAGUAUGUACAGGUGUGAGUUUUGUAUAUAUACUUGUAAAUAUUUUGUGUAAUAUCAAUUGGUUAUAUAGAAAUGAAAUUUAUAAGAAACAGUAAUUAAACUGUUGUGUAUGUAUUUUUGUUAAUAAAUUGUUUUUACUA